UUUAACAGGUCGUACGACUGACAAGUGACAACUAAAAAUCUAAUACUUCAUGCAGUAAACAAAAAUGAAAAAUGGAAUUCAUGAAAAAAUGUGAAAGGAAAACGCGAUUAACUCGUGUUUUCCAAGCUAUAUUUAUAUCAUAGUAAUUUUAUAAUAUUCACUUAUAGUGUCAAUUUGGACUAUUGAAACUUUUUAUUGUUAGGAGCUGUUAAGUUUCAUAAUAUCUACCCAAUAUUAUGCACCUAAAAUAGUAGUUUUAUUCAAAUUCUGUUUCAGAUUAUCAUGAUCGCUCUAAAAUGUAUUACGCUAAAUGUUGCAUUUAGUCCUUUAAAACGACCUCAAAGAAUGAAAUCCACUUUCAAUCGUGGUGUACAUUUUUUUUUCAAAAAGAAUCUCCUUCUGACAAACAGUGUUACUUCAGGUGGUUUUAUGUUAAUUGGAGAUGUAGUUCAGCAAGAAAUAGAACUACAUGCAAACAAAUUAAAGAAAUAUGAUUGGUCUAGAACAGCUAGGAUGUUCAUUGUUGGUUGCUUAAUGGGCCCUUUGCAUCAUUAUUACUAUAUUUAUUUAGACAAAGUAUUGCCCCAUACUGAUAUAAAAACAGUAGUGAAAAAGAUUUUGAAUGAUCAAUUGCUAGCUUCUCCUGCAACAAUUCUUAGUUUUUUUUAUGCACUGGGAGUUCUGGAAGGAAAGACAUUUAAGGAUAGUACCCAAGAAAUAAAGGAAAAAUUUAAAUAUGUUUACAUAGGGGACUGUUUGUUUUGGCCACCAAUUCAGUUUAUAAAUUUUUACUUCCUACCAACACACUACAGGGUAUUUUAUAUAAACUUUGCAACCAUGAUAUAUAAUGUAUUUUUAUCUUAUAUGAAAUUUGACUUUGAACAACCUAAAGGAAUUUGAUACUUAAAUAAAUUUAGCAAAUGUCUACAGUAUAAUUUAAAUAGAUCUCAUAUAUAUUAUGUAAUAAACAAUGAUCUUUUGCUUAGGAAAUACAUUACAACAUAGUAAUUGUAAGAAUAUUUGUUAACUUAUAAUAAUUUAAAUAUGUCCUGUUAAUUAAUGUACCAUAUUUAUUAGUAAAAAAUUUGUUCAU